GGGCGGCCGGGCCGGGACUCACGGUGUCCCGGUGGCUGCGGGUUCCUGGGAGCCGGCUUCUGUGGGCACUGCGAGGCGGAGCGGAGUGGCGAGGCAGGAGCAUUCCUGGGCCGGCGAGGUCAGGCUCGUGGCUGAAGGGCCUCUUCAUCAUCUUCCACAGGGUCUGGAAGUUAAAUCCCCGCCUUCAUCCCGCGUGGAAUCUACCCCUAAACCCCCAGCUCCUCUUCCCGACCCUCUGGGAUCUCGCUUUCCUAGGAGGCCAUGGAUACCUCGACGCAUUUGCCUCCUGUACCCCCCUCCCCUAUCUGCAACCCAGCGCCACGGACAAUACAGAUCGAGUUUCCGCAGCAUAGCUCAGCGCUGCUGGAAUCCCUGAACCGCCACAGGCUAGAGGGAAAGUUCUGUGAUGUGUCCCUCCUGGUUCAGGGCCGGGAACUUAGGGCUCACAAAGCAGUGUUGGCUGCUGCCUCUCCCUACUUCCAUGACAAGCUGCUUCUGGGGGAUGCGCCCCGUCUCACCCUGCCAAGUGUUAUUGAAGCCGAUGCCUUCGAGGGGCUGCUCCAGCUCAUUUAUUCAGGGCGCCUCCGCCUGCCACUGGAUGCUCUCCCUGCCCAUCUCCUUGUGGCCAGUGGCCUUCAGAUGUGGCAAGUAGUAGAUCAGUGCUCAGAGAUUCUUAGAGAACUGGAAACUUCAGGUGGUGGAAUUUCAGCCCGUGGAGCAACCUCUUACCAUGCGCUUCUUUCCACCACAUCCUCUCCAGGAGGCUGGUGCAUUCGCUCUUCCCCUUUCCAGACCCCAGUGCAAUCCUCCGCUUCCACUGAGAGCCCGGCUUCUACUGAGAGCCCUGUGGGAGGGGAGGGGAGUGAACUGGGCGAGGUGUUACAAAUUCAGGUGGAGGAAGAAGAGGAGGAGGAGGAAGAAGAAGAAGAAGAUGAGGACCAGGGGUCAGCUGUACUCUCUCAGACUCCUCAGCCUCAGAGAGUAUCAGGGGGUUUAGCCCAUUCUCAUGGAUCCCACCCAUUGCCCAUAUCUGGUACUCCCCGCAGGCUUCCAGAGGGUGAGAGUGCAUCACUUGAGCUUCCUGCCCCUCCUACUGCACUGCCCCCCAAAAUCUUCUACAUUAAGCAGGAACCCUUGGAGCCUAAGGAGGAGCUAUCAGGAGGUGGAACUCAGUCUGGAGGAACAAAGGAGGAAAUCAAAGUGUUUCCUGGAGGGGACACUGAAGGGAACAGGGAGCUAGGGUUCCUGUUGUCCUCAGGGGGAGGGGCAACAUCUGGGGGUGGGGGUCCAUCUUGGAAACCAGUGGAUCUUCAUGGGAAUGAAAUCCUGUCAGGAGGUGGAGGACCUGGGGGAGCAGGGCAGGCUGUGCAUGGGCCUGUGAAGCUAGGGGGGACACCUCCUGCAGAUGGAAAACGCUUUGGCUGCUUGUGUGGGAAGCGGUUUGCAGUGAAGCCAAAGCGUGACCGGCAUAUCAUGCUGACCUUCAGCCUUCGGCCUUUUGGCUGUGGCAUCUGCAACAAACGCUUCAAACUGAAGCACCAUCUGACAGAGCACAUGAAGACCCAUGCUGGAGCCCUGCACGCCUGUCCCCAUUGUGGCCGUCGGUUUCGAGUCCAUGCCUGUUUCCUUCGCCACCGGGACCUAUGCAAGGGCCAGGGCUGGGCUACUGCCCACUGGACUUACAAGUGACUGCUGAGGCCGUAUACACUAACUUCUAGGACAAGAUAACCACUGCCGCUGAUGGAUACUUCCCCCUUACUACCAUGACACCUGAGUCCUGGAUCUUGUAAUCAUGCGAAGAGGGUAGACACGUUAUGGACUUCUUGCUCUUAAAUAUGGGCCUUUCAGCCUGGCAGAUUCGGAAACUCAGAUUUCUCAUCUCCCCCCAGGUUUUGGCUAACCACCCUACAGGAAAGUGGUUUACAGGCCGUACUUAAGUUGGUCACUUGCCCAUAAUGGACCUUCUUUUUGUAGUGGUGAUAUCCAUUGAGGAAACCAGAUUUCAAAUUAGAAAGUUACUUGAUGAGAGAAGGGUUAGAGCAAAAAGACAGUCAUAAAUGUUUUAUUUGGUCUCCACGAGGAGUUAGCUGGUCUCCAGCUAGGGAUACCCUUGAUUCAGAGCUUGAGUAAUCUCUAAUCAUUGCUGGAAAUGUGAGCAGAGUUCUUUUUAUGAACUUUUUUUAUUGUAUCUUUCCAGAAGUCCCUCAGAUUGUACCUUGUUUUCUCACUAGUAGACACCUUCCCAACCCUUUUUUUAUGUUGUAGCUGAGCACUUUAACAAACUGAGCAUUCCAUGUGUCAUUCCUAGAACCCUCUUUAAUAGAGGGUAUUCCCUCAAUAGCCUGUGCCUCUGGUCUACCUUUGACCGCCACUGUUAACUCAUACAUGGUCACAGUGACUGGAUGUGAUCAGUGAACUCAGGAGAUGGCACUGACCUAAAGUGCUCUCAGGGUGGCACCACUGCUCUCUGAACAGGUUGCCAUGGUCAGAGGGACUCAGGGCUGAGACAGCACAUGCUGAAGGCUUGAGAGUAACUUGCACAGUGGGACCACACCACCUCCUUUCCCAUCCCACUUACACGUGAUAGAGACCACCCCUCUGUUUAGAGGGGUGGAUAGUGGAAUGGGGAGGCGGGUACUUGCAGUUACUUAAUUUUUUCAAAUAAACUGCCCUGCAAUCUAAA